AUGGAACGAAUCUAUGAUGCUAAGAGACGUCCUACAGAGAACAGGCUGACAUACACUAAGUACCUUCUUGCUGGAGAGGUCGUGCAUUGGUGGUCCAGCAUGAAGAUAAUGUUAAAGGACAGCCAUGAGACCAUCACUUGGGAACUGUUUAAGAAGAAGUUCUAUGCUGAGUUCUUCCCAGAUAGUGUGAGGUAUGCGAAGGAGGUUGAGUUCUUGCAGCUGAUGCAAGGAGACAUGUCAGUGUCGGAGUACGCUGAAAAGUUCAAACACUUGGGUAGAUUUCACACCCUGAAGAUGGCAGAGGACUGGCAGUGUAGAAAGUUCGAGAAUGGGUUGAGGGGUGACCUCAAGCUCACGGUGGCUCCGUUCUCUAUCAAGGAAUUCCCUGCCUUGGUAGAGAAGGCAAGAGUGAUGGAGAAGCUUAAGGCUGAAGUUGAAGCUGAGCAGAAGUCUCAGCUGAAGGUGGGAGGGCCAUCUAGGAGGACUUGCCAUAGAUGCGGCCAGGUGGGCCACUUCAUUAGGGAUUGCCCAGUUGAUAGGAGCACAGUGUCGAGGCCUUCACCACAGCCUCAGUCACAGCCGUCGAGGGGAGGUGCGAGACCACAGGCGGCGGGUCGGGUGUACGCUGUCACUGGUGCUAAGGCAGCUGGAUUAGGUAACCUCAUCAUCGGGUCUUGUGUGAUAACUGGUAGGAGCUUGCAUGUUCUGUUCGAUUUGGGGGCGACACAUUCUUUUGUGUCAGAAUCUAGAGUGGUGGAGUUGGAUCUUCUGGUGAAGGAGCUCCAGUAUGACCUGGUGGUGUCCACACCUGCUUUUGGGUUAGUCAGAACCUUGACCGUGUGUGCUAGGUGUAAGAUCGAGGUCGAGGGGUGCAAGUACAGGGCAAACCUCAUCUGUUUACACUUGGUGCGGCUAGAUGUCAUCUUGGGGAUGGAUUGGCUAUCUGCCAAUCACAUUCUCAUUGACUGCAACGAAAGGAAAGUGUUGUUUCCUAGCCUAGAAGAUGAAGAUCUGUUGGUGUCCUCACAGCAGGUGGACAAGGCAAUGAAGGAAGAGUCUCAAUGCUUCUUGAUUCUGACUUAG